AUGGCCCAAACUUUAUACCCACCCUUACAUACUGUCUUGUGUCUACCAUAUUUUCUACUACUCCUUUUCUCCUUCCAAAAGAAAAGAAUAAUGGUUUCCGGCCAAACUGUGUGUGUUACUGGGGCUGGAGGUUUCAUUGCUUCAUGGCUCAUCAAGCUUCUCCUAGAAAGAGGUUACUUUGUCAAGGGAACAGUUCGAAACCCUAAUGAUCCAAAGAAUUCUCAUUUGAGGGAGAUGGCAGGUGCAAAGGAGAGAUUAACUCUUUGUAAAGCUGACAUUCUUGAUUAUGAAAGCAUUCUCGAUGCACUCACAGGAUGCGGUGGAGUCUUCCACCUAGCCUGUCCAGUUGUCAAUGAUUCAAAACGAGUGCUGGAGCCAGCAAUAAGAGGAACCAUGAAUGUGAUGAAUGCCGCAGCAGAAGCCCAAGUUCUACGUGUGGUUUUCACAUCUUCAAUCGCAGUAACUUACUUGGACCCCAAUAGAAGUCCCGACAAGGUCGUCGAUGAGACUUGCUGGAGUGAUCCCACCUAUGUCAAGACCAUUCCGGACUGGUAUUGUUAUGGGAAGAUGCUGGCAGAGCACAAAGCAUGGGAGAUGGCAAAGAAGAGAGGGUUGGAUCUGGUGACUGUUAUCCCUCCAUUGACGAUUGGUCCACUGCUUCAACCCAAUCUGAAUGCUAGUGUAGUUCACAUUCUCAAGUUUCUGAAUGGCAGGAAUAAGGUAUAUGACAAUGCUAUACAGGGUUAUGUUCACGUCAAGGAUGUAGCAUUGGCUCAUAUUCUUGUUUAUGAGACCCCAUCCGCUUCUGGGAGGUACCUCUGCCUCCACAGUGUCCUUCACCGAUCUGAGAUCUCUGCCAUGCUUCUUCAGAUGUUCCCUGGCUACCCCAUCCCUACCAAGUGCUCUGAUGAAGUGAACCCAAGAGUGAAACCAUUCAAGUUCUCGAACCAGAAGCUAAGGGAUCUAGGCCUUGAGUUCACACCUGUGAAGGAAGCCCUCUACGAUACUGUGAUAAGCUUGCAAGAGAAAGGUCUACUCACCUCACCCCAACAACUUCCUUCACGUCUUUGAUUGUCAAUCUUGACUGACCAUGCCCGUACGAGAGCUUGCCUCCUAAUAAAGAACCUUCAACUAUUGUAAAGCUGUGAUUGUGAUGGGCCUUUACAGCUUAAGCCCACCAUCUGUAUAUCUAAAUCAUUAAACCUUUUUACCCCAAUAAAUUAAUAAAUAAAUAGAAAUGAAACCUAUUCCAUA